CUUCUCUCAGAGUGGUGGCGGAGCACGCAUUUCUGACGCGUCUGCUGAGUCUCUGGCGCAGGUAUGUGUUGCUCAUGCGCGCAUGCGAAUAUCGGAUAAGUUUUUUGAGGACGUUUUACUUUCGGAAGUCUUUUGUCGACUAAGAAAAGGGGGCACAGCGCAAGGAGAAGGCAAGUAUCUUCGUGAAAAUCCGUCUUUGCGAAUAAGCAAGAAUAUCGCUGACAAUACUGAUGCGUCCUCAACUAUGAAGGGAACGACGCAUUUUUCAUCAAGUCUUGUGAAGCAACUCUCAAGGAGUCCAGCAUUAGCGCGCCCAUUGGAUAGUUCGGAUGCCAGAAAGGAUGUACGCGGGUCUCUGAGAAGCAAGGGUGGGAACUCUCUCGAGGAUGGACUGCAGAUUGAGAAUGGAAGACGCGGCUUUUCAGAACUCGAGCUUGGCGGUAUCGCUUGGAGUCUGGCCAAACUGGGGCUUGACCACUCUGCCCGAGAGUUCGUGGAGUGUGUCAUACGGCGACAACCUUAUUUUCAAGCACGGGAUGAAACAAAGUUGCACCACCAUAGCAAUAACAAACAAUCCAGGACAGCGGGAAUAGACGCUCGUUUUUAUGCAAAUUUGGUAUGGAGUUAUGCCACUAGUGGAGG